AUGGGCGUUGGGCGGAUUAUUGCCGAUCGUUCUUCAAUAACCACUCGAUCCCGUCUCGAUGUUUCCCCGGAUUGUCACGGGACGGAGGAUGAUGCUGGGACCCUAGGGAAUGUCCGGGAUAAGGAAGAUCCCAACAGGAUGGCGGACAGUUGGAUCGUCGGACUGGACGGCGAGAGCGGCCUAGCCAGCAUCCAGGACCCGGGCGUCCGGGGGGAAUGGUACGGUGUCAUGGACUACAAGAAAGGUCUCUUUGCCGCCCACCUGCUGAACAAGAAGGCUUGUGUGUUGGUGAGGAUGGUUGAAGCCGCGUUUCCCAGUUUGGAAGCGCUGAGCCACAUCCUCAGCGGAAAGCCUCCGGAGCCGCGGCCUCCACGGCGGAGGCUGAUUUAUGCCGUCCUCUCCCCUCGGAUCAAGAACGUGGCCCAGUUCGGAAGACCGAUCGAUGAGCUCUGUAGAGGCGUCCCCACUUACUUCGCCCAGAAAGUAGCAGGAGCCUCUGGAGAGAUGGAUUCCAAACCCUGUUUCGAAGCCCGAAUCCUGUGCAACCUGGUUCUCUCCUUCUGUGGUGAGAUCACAGGUCUCUGA